GUGUGAAUAUUUUUAUUUUUUUAACUCUACUUGCUCCUGAGCUUGAUGUGAAGUUGGCCAGUGUUUAAAGGGAGGAACUCCUGACUCUCUGUAAUUGGGACUCCAAUCAGCAGUGGGAGGCAGUUUUAAAGGCGUCUCCCUUCUCGCAGUCGCUUGUAAAACAAUGAAUGUCUUUGAGUGCGGACAAUUUUGAAUGCAGGCAGACUGACAAGCAGGGAAACUUGCGUUACCUUCCCCGGCGAUGACCCCCUGACUGAAUGUUUCCAUUUUGCUCUGAAUUUUUAUAAAGCCAUUUGAACUUGGCUACAACAAACACAUCUGCAGCAGCUUCAGAUCUGCGUUUCAAAGUCUCGGAGGAAACGGGAGCGGUGAGUCAGAGCCACGAAACGGAUUAUCGACGAUCGUUCACGGCAUCAUCACACAGCUGGUUUGCUUUACUCCGCCCGGAUCACUGUCAGCCCUGGUUACCCCGCGAAAAUAACAGAGAAAGGCAGUUUUGCGCAUAAUUCGAUUUAACUGCAUUAUUUGUAGAACUUGUGGAACUGCCCCGCAAGUGUUGAGCAACUUUAAAAGCAAUGGUGGGAAGACUGAACCUGCGGAAUGUGUGUGACGACGAUCCGCUGGAUAUGAAUUUGAAAGCUGAUCGGCCGCUGGACAGUCCUGACUCCGGUCUGCCCCCGAGCCCGAGCCCGAGCGUCUGGUUACUGCAGGGCGCCGGGGCUGGUACCCCGAUUACAGAAGACGAGAACAGAGGGCCAGAUGUGGUUCAUAAUAAUCGCCAUUUGCAUGCAUUGUCCUAUGGUGAAGGAAUUGAACUUGAUUCUCUGCCACUGAAAGAAAUAAGAUACACGUCAUCAGUGCGUUAUGAUUCAGAUCGGCACUUCAUCCAGGACGUGACCCUGCAGCCCAUGGGUUUGGGUCUGGAGAUGUGCAGCCAGACGGUGUUGGCCCUGCCUCAGAGCACCUGGAGACAUUACAAGACCCAGCUGGAGUUCCAGCCCCGUCAGCGGGUGCAGCGCUACCAGAGCACCACCAUAGUGUACCCCAAACACACCCGGACCUUCUACACCACCCAGCUCAAAUAUGACGGGCACAAGCUGACCAAGCGCUUCUUCUCUGCUGUAGAGAUGCAGGCUUCUGAUUGCCAGGCUAGUCUUUAAAAGACACACGAGCAUCUGUGCCUGAAGUUACGCCCAUAUGCACCAUAUAUAAACCACCGCCUUUCAUUCAUUGAGACCCAAGAAGGAAAAAAAGGAAACUCGGACUUAAAAUUUUGCCAUUUGGAAAGGGGAUCCCUAGACAGAUGCGCAGUUUUAGUUUGUUUUAAGCUGAAGGAAGUGUAAGCAACUGUGUUGCUCUGUUUGAAGGUUUGCUUUGGAGCAGCAUAUGGAGAUUUGUAUGUGUUUUCUCCAUCAGUUAUCAAUGGUAAUGUACAACAAUGGUUUUUAAUUGUACGUAGACAUGUGGUUGAUUUAUUUAAUGGGGUUUCAGAUAUUCUCUUCUGAUCUUGGGCCAUCGUUGGUUUGAAGGUUAGAUUUGAUUUUGGCACAUAAUUGGCCAUACAGAAAUACAUGAUUUACUAGAGAGCAAACUUUUGUCCGAUCAUAAAGUAAGUAUUAGAAUAAUGCAAUGGUGCAGUUUAGGUUUGGUUUACAAAGGUGGAUAUUCAGUACAUAUUUUUCCAUAUGUUUCUAUUUCACAGGUUCAAUCUCACUGAGCUGUAAAAGGGUAACGUUCAUAUAUUAUGGCCUAAAAAGUGUUUUCUGAAGAAACUGGGUAUGUGUCUUUGCACAGAGGGUGGUGAGUGUAUCUGGAUGAAAACAUUAAUUCCAUCUCAAACUAACAUUGUCUGUGUAUUUUACUACUGUAAUUAUCCAUAAGGACACUUAUGCUGUCAAACAUAGUUUUCUUUAUAUAAAGGCUAGCUGCCUUCCACAGCUCUGCUUGGUUUCAGGAAGUCAGUCUCUUUAUCGUCCGCAUGAAGGAAAAUGAGAAGUGGGGUCACAUUAGAACUGAACUCAGUCAUGCCCAAAACUGCAGACUGAGGCAUCUGUAGACCAGUGUCUGAAAUAAAUUAUAAUGUAAAUAACAGCAUUUCAGUU